AUGAUUCAUCUUUUUUCCUCAGAGGCUCUUGCGGCGCUGGCGUGUCUGCUGUUUCUCGCCAUUGCCGCUGUCGCUCAAUUCUUUCGAUGGCCGUUUUGGAGCUCCAUGACAACGGCGGACACGCUGCUUGCAAUUGUGAGCUGCGCCUUCGCCUGCCGCGGGGUGGCGUCUGGGCGAUCGUGCAGGUGGCCGAGUGAUAUGGACUUCACGUCUUGCGUGGCCCUCGUCACAGGGGCGUCGUCUGGCGUUGGCUACGGCGUUGCGCAAGAGCUCUCGCAGCACGGGUGGACAGUCAUUAUGACGGGGAGGAACUUGAUGCAGCUGCUGAAGGCGAAGCGGUCUCUCAUGGUGCAAAAACCCUCUGGGCGUCUCGUUGUGCUCGGGGAAGUGGAUCUGUCCGACCUUGACAGCGUGCGAAGCUUCGCCGCCUCCGUUCUGGAGCAGAAAGAAAAAUUCCCCGUGUCGUUGCUGGUGAAUGCUGCGGGUGUUUUGCGCCGCCACUUGCACCGUUGCGAAGACACAGGGAUGGAGGAGAUGAUUGCCACCAAUGUUGUGGGCCCCAUGCUGCUCACAAAUUUGCUGCUGCCACUGCUGGAAGAGGCGGCGGAGCGCAGUGGGGUCUCCUCGCGCAUCGUCAAUGUGGCCUCCUCAUGUCACACGUUUCUUGGGGUGCGGCAGCGCGGCGGGCCGGCCGAGAUGCUUGCGGCGCUGCACCCACAACCAAGUGAAGGCGCCACCGUCGCGGCGAAGGCGGGGGCAACCGCCAUGAAGGACUUCACUCUGGGCAACUUUGUCGGGUACUAUGGACUCUCGAAGUUGUGCGUCAUUUGGUGGACCUCCGUCCUCGCACGCCGCGUCUCUCGUUCUUUCUUCCGCCACGGCGAUGGCAAUCAACUCAAAGUGUUCGUCGCAUGCUGCCACCCGGGCAUCAUUACGACACACCUGUACCGUGACCUGUUUCCACAGCGGGUGCUUGACUACAUUAUUUACUACCCCUCCUUGCUCAUUGGGAAGACGUGGAGGGAGGGAGCGCAGGCGGUCUUGCGGGCAAGCAUAGAGACGGAUAACAUGGUGCAUGGCGGCUACUACAUGUGCACUGGCGAGUAUGGCCCCAACAGUGGCAUUAACUGCCUCUCAAAAGACGCUAUGAACAUGGAUGAGGCAAUUAAAUUUUGUGCUUGGGCAGAGAUGCAGAUAGAGGCACAAAAAAAUAGACCGAGGCAGCCAGGAGCAGGGAAGAAAGGUGCGACACCGAAGAGAAUCAUGGGGGUGAAGUUUGUGACGUGA